UAGAUAGUAUCAAUGAAAAGACAUUCAUCUCCAAAUGUAUUUUUUAUACUAUCCAAAAAUGUACACAAUUGUUAUUGUAUUUUACAUAGUUUGUAAUCUUGUUUUAGUUUUUAUUGAAAUACAAUGCCAGAAGAAAAAAAACACUUGAGACAUGGGUUACAUUUUUUUCAUUAGAAAGCAAACAAUUUUUGCCAAGCUAGCCGCUGCUACGUUUAUUAUUAUAUUAUAUUAUAUUAUUUAUUAUUAUUUAUUUAUAGUUUUAUUACGUUUAUUUAUUAUAAUGAUUCAUUAUUAGCAUUUGUGAGUUAAUUGUUUUUUGGCUAUUUUAUACCCAUUUAUAAAAUGCUCUUGAGACCACAUGUGGCCCUUGAGCCAUAGGUUUGUAACCCUUGUUUGAAACUAAUUAUAGAAUUACGAGGUGAUUGUACCUUUUAUCAGUCCAGCUACAGUACAUUAGAUUAUGUAACCCGGCUAUCAAGUAUACACAAGUUUGAGUGUAAAAGCCAUUGCACUCCAAAAUUUGUAUUAAAUAAUGUAAUGUAAUGUAAUGGUGUUACAGCUUCAUAAACUGCGUUACCAACAUUUUUCCAAGAACAUAUGACACAACGUCUCAGCCUUGUAGAGGCACUCCUUAUAGACCCUGUUAAAUAACUCAACCUUUAAGCUCACCUUUGGCUUAUCAAAGUCCCUUUUGGAGGACGUGUGGAGGAGGAGGAGAAGCUGGAUAACUCUGGAGCAGCCACAUUACACUCUUGCUUUGGGAAGGCUAGCGAGUGAAGACUGGAGCUUUAUGGUGAGUGACCCUGUACUUAUAAUUUUAAUGUAUUUCCAACAUGCAUACAGUUACAAUAUGGGGUACAUCACAUUCAAUUUCUCAUUACAGCAUUUCUGAAUAAGAGUAGGAAGAAGAGCUUAUUUGAUAUUCCCCCUUUUCCAUUUCAUAGCAAUGUCUAAUACAUUUCUGUGCUCAACUUGGAACAUAAACCAAUUAAAGGGGUAAAUAGAUUAUUUAUCAAGUUAAGUUAUAAUUCACAUAAUGAGAUGAAUAAGAUUAUCUCAUUUUUCAAUAAGGUUCAAGAUGUUUAUCAGGAUUCUUCUUCCUUGUACUUAGUAAACACUUUGCAUUUGAACAAUUUCUUAAACUGGAUUGUAUUGGUACAAUGUUCGACUUCUUUGCUUAAUCCAUUCUAUAAUUUAAAGAGCUUUAUUAAUUACGAAGCCAUAUUCAGAACUGGUGUUAAAAAUGCAAGUAGACCAGUUGUGGUUACGUGCUGGCACAAAAGAGACCUUAAGUGUUAAAUUAAAAAGUCUAUAAUUCAUUAAUAUAUACUCAUUAAUAGAUCAUAUUUAAAUAUUAGUAUACAAUAUACACAAAUGUUUUGUUUUAGAAAAAAAGCAAAUUAUGUUAGAAAAAAAAAAGAAUAAAAAGGUAAAUAUUAUAGAUUAAAAAUUGUUUUUGUUGUUGGACCUUUACCACAUUUGUUUAGUAUUUUGUGUUGUUAAAUCCUUAACUUUGAACUCUUCCAGUAAUGCCUAUAGAGUUGCAUCAUGUGCAGGUGCUUGUCAACCAAAACAACACCACGUCUCACUAGUUUUAUUACAAUAAUAACAUUCGAAACCUAAUGACGUGGGUCAUCGCGGCAUUGGCGUUCAAAGUUCAGCGCUCCUCUGAAGUCUGAGUCGCCACCAGCUUAAUUGAUUAACCAUUAACUGUCACUGUGACACUUGCAUGGAAGAUCAACUUUAAGACUUUAGGGUUACUUUGCUCUUAUAUUAAUCUAAUUUGUUGUCAUUUAAAUGGGAAAUUACUUCAUCACAUUGCAGUAAGUCCUGAUUGUUUUUUUCGCGUGUGCGACAGAACAUGGCCGUGUACAAGCCAAAGGUGAUUUCUCUAACCAAGAGGCCGAGUCAGACAUUCGGUUUCUACUUGAGGGUGGAGCACGGCGAGGAUGGUCACCUGAUUCGCUGCUUGGACAUGGGUGGUCCCGCUGAGCUGUCAGGCAUGAAGGAUGGAGACCGAAUCCUCCGAGUGAAUGGCAAAUUUAUCGAUGGACUUUCCCAUUCUGAGGUGGUUGAGCUAGUGAGAAGCAGCGGGGCCACAGUCAACUUCCACAUUCUGGAUGAAGCUUCUUACAAGCAGGCGAAGAAUCAAGGAGUAAACCUGGGUGAGCCUCAUCUUACACCAGCAGUCAGCACUGUGGUCCAACAGCCUCUAAAACCCAGACUCUGCUACCUGGUCAAGUCAAGCUCUGGUUAUGGCUUCUCUCUUCGCUCGAUUAAAGGCGAGCAGGGCAUUUUUGUGACGGAGGUGGUGCCCGGCAGCACGUCAGACCGGGCUGGUGUCAAAGUCAACGACCGUCUUGUGGAAAUCAACGGGGAGAACGUAGAGAGUGCCGCUCACGAACAAGUGGUGGACAAGAUCAAGACAGCGGGCAACAGCCUCAUGUUCCUCCUGGUGGACAACGAGGCGGACAGGUACUACCAGAGCGUGCACAUGAAGAUAACUGCGCGCUUUGCAACUACCAAGUGUCUCCCUCAUCAUCCACGCAUCGUCCACCUCACCAAAGGGCCCGGUGGUUACGGCUUCCUGCUCAAAGAGGAGCCCAAUAUUGAAGGACACAUCAUUAGGGACGUAGACAGAGCGAGUCCAGCCGAGAGAGAAGGUCUCAGGGACAUGGAUAGGCUGGUGGCUGUGGACGGCCAGGAGGUGAACAGCUGUACUCAUGAACAGGUGGUGGACAUGAUCAGGCUUGGUGGCAACAAAUGCUGCUUCCUAGUGGUGGACAAGGACACUGACCUUGUGUUUGCUCAGGCUAAAGUGUCACCGAUGCUUUUCUGGGAGGAGGAGAAGGACUCUCUUUCCCCACCUAGUUACUCCGAGGCAAUUACCUUACCCGCCCUGGUUAAACCAUCCACACCUGCUCAGGAGGAGAUGGACAAGAAUGAGGAGCUCAAAACUAAAUUGUGUAAGAUGGAGAAGACAGCAGCUGGAUUUGGCUUCCACCUAAACGGCAUCCAGGGUGUGUUUGGCCAGUACAUUACAGAGGUGGUGAAGGGCGGAGUCGCCGACCAGGCCGAUCUGGAGAACGGCGACAUGGUGGUGGAGGUCAAUGGGAAGAAUGUGGAGAAGAGCCUCCACGAGGAUGUGGUUGCCAUGAUCCGCAGCAGUGGAAGCUCUCUGGAGCUGCUGGUGGUCCCAAAGAGCGUUUCCGAUCAAGUCAAGGAUAAAGGGGUCCCCAUCACACGGGACCUUGUGCAGGAGACGUCACAAGCGCAGGUUCACAACCAAGAGGAGGCACAGCAAACUCCCACUAAAGAAAGGACCGCAUCAGUGUCUUCAUCUUGUUCUCAAAGUAGUUUGGAUGACAGACUUUAAGAGGGCACAACACUCAAACUGAAUCGAAACUGCUUUGCCUCAUUUUACACCUGCUGGUCCCAAUAUUCGGUACAUCUCUGUUGCAGCACAAAAAAAUAUGUUUUAUUAUUAUUGUGGUUCUAUGUAUUAUUUUAUUAAUGGAUGUCAUUCGGGGUACCUAAUGUUGUGGGCAGAUUAAAACAAAUAUAAUUGACAAUGACAAAAUUGACAAUGUCAAGAGCACAGCCAAUCCAAAUCUGACAAAAAUGAGUACACCCCUCACAUUUGAACAGGCAUUUUAUGAUUUCCUCUUAAGGGACAAUACUAUAGAAAGUAAACUGGAUAUAACUUAA